AUUAACGAGUAAGGCACGGCUAAGAGAGCCCGCCUUGUCGAAUUUUCUAAUAUCCCGCCUUUUUAAAAAUAAUUAAUUUAUUGGUUGUAAGCACUUGCGUUAGUUUAGUUAGUUUUUAACAAGAACUAUGACAGUGAUAUUAAUUGUUCAGGUUAAUUGUGGACUCGUAAAUUGUUUUUGAGUUCGAGAAAGUUUUUAUUACAAUCAUGAAGUUUUUGGCGGUGUUCAUAAGUGUGCUGUAUUUUGUAUCAAGGAAUUUGGUCGUCGGUGUUACGUCCGAGGAGACAGCGGAGGUGUCAGAGAUAUGCUGCACCCACGGGAAGUACCAGGCGAUGGGUAUGGCAUCGCCGCAAGCCUGCUCAGGUGUCACCUCCCCAGAAGAUGUCGAAAGGGAAUUCCUCGACACAUGUGUUGCAUCUGCGAAAAGUUGUUGUGAGGAGCAGUUUUUGGAAAAAGACGAUUGUAUAGCUGGUAUAAAAAUGGCGCCAAAGAAGCAAUGUGCUAUACCUAAAACCGACAUUGGAAAGACAUGUUGUGACGAAUGUUCCUUCGGGAGAUGGUCUGGCGAAUCCCAGGGCAAGGAAGCAUGUGGAAGUCCUGCCGAGGAGGGAAUGAGCCCGCAAACAACGCUCCGUAAGAAUGCUUUCUACCAGUGCUGUUUGGAAGCAACAAAGGAACCUGAAACUACUACUGAGACGACAACAGAAAAGAAAAUAGAGACAACUACAGAAAAGAAAAUAGAGACAACUACAGAGAAGAAAAUAGAGACAACUACAGAGAAGAAAAAGGAAAAGAAAAAAGAAAAAUGCCAGAAGGACUCCUGUGAUCACAUCUGUAAAGAUGACGACGGUAAAGUGAGGUGUCAGUGUCGAAAAGGAUUUAGAUUGCAGUCUGAUAAUAAAACUUGUAAAGAUAUCAACGAAUGUAGAGAGAACUUAGAGGAUUUGUGUACUGAAGAGGACACUGUUUGCCACAACACUGUUGGGUCGUUUAAGUGCGUGCCUAUAAAGAAGAGGGAUGUUAGUCUUAGUUGCCCGCCAGGCUUCAAGCGAAACGUACUUAAUCAAGUAUGCGAUGACAUUAAUGAGUGUCAACUUCCUCGACCUCCGUGCCCAAAGUACCUAUGCGAGAAUACAAUCGGUGGGUAUAAAUGUGCUGGAAAACCAGGCAAGCCUUUUGCGGAAGCUAUUCCUGGUGUUACUACAGAAGCAGAGCCAACUACACCCACUACAAAGAAUGACAUAUGCCCACCUGGUUUCAGGGCUGGGCCUGACGAUGAAUGCCUUGAUAUCGACGAGUGUGAGGAGCGGUUUGACGACUGCCAGCGUUUGUCGCAGCACUGCAUCAACACACACGGCAGCUACUUCUGUCAGGACCACGUUUCCAAGCGUUGUGCACCAGGCUUCAAGGUCAACGCCGUUACUGGAAUAUGCGAAGACAUGGACGAAUGUGAAGAGAGUUCUGAAGUAUGCAAGCGCACCGAGGUGUGCGUCAAUUUGCCCGGGGCUUACAACUGCAAGUCCAAGAUCAGCACAUUACCUCAGUUAGCGAAGAAAACAUGCCAAGAAGGAACCAGACAACGACCCGGUGGCAAGAUUUGUGAAGAUAUUGACGAAUGUCGUGAGGGCACGCACUUGUGCGAUCGGUUCCAAAAUUGUAUCAACACAUACGGUGGGCAUGAGUGUCGCUGUAAAAAUGGCUUUGAGUUGGAUUCAUCUUCUGGAUCUUGUGUUGACAUCGAUGAGUGUGCAUUGAAACUGGACAACUGUCAGGCAGGUCUACACUGUCUAAAUGUACUGGGCUCAUACACUUGUACACGUCGACCUGCCACCACAUCUACCACUACUAUCGCCACACCACCUGUUUACGAUUAUGAGUACUACGAUUCGGAAGAAGAAAACGCAACGAAUAUUGAUACAAAGCCUAACGCAUCAGUGACUAUUCCCACAACAAGUACUUCGACAACAUCAACAACUCCUAGACCAUCUACCACUUCGACAACUUCGACCACGACACUGACACCCUCAACAACUAGUACGACUACCCGCACCACAAGAGUGUGGCCGCCGUCACGAGCAGGAGGUUACAAUCCGUAUUAUCCCAGACAUCUUAUCCCUACCACUAGAAGAACUCCAUACACGAACCCCCCUGUCAGACCCAUUCGUCCCACUACACAUGAAUCUAUAAGACCCGAAUUUAGGCCUAGAAGACCUGAAACAAUUGAUCCUGUUGAAGUUACCGUCCCAAAUCCCACAAAUGUCAUUAAUAUAGAGAAAGAGAAAGAAGCAGAUGGUAGUUACGGGUUGAAUGCUAGUGAAAUACCAAAAGAUAAAUGGGUAAACGUAAUUGGAGUGAAUAAACCAGAAGCUCCAGAUUUUAAUCCCGAAGAAUUGCACUGCUUGGAUGGAUUUGAAAGAAGUCCUAGUGGCGAUUGCAUAGACAUUAACGAAUGUGAGACGGGAAGACACAUCUGCAGUAGUCUGGAGGUGUGCCAAAAUAGGCAAGGUGGUUACAUGUGCGACUGCAUGCCAGGAUUCCAUCGCGACCUCAGUGGAUGGUGUGUAGUCGCAACUACCACCAGCACCACCACCACUUCCACUACCACAACUACCACGCCGAGACCAACGACUGUUAAAACAACUACGUCAACGACUGAAAGUACUACUGCAGUUACAAGAACCAGUACAGAAUGGCCACGCGUACCGAGACCCCGUCUGCCUUGGUACACGCCUCCGAAGCAAUGCGAUUUUGGUUACAUCUAUAGCUCCAUUCUAGGAAAAUGUGUUGAUAUAGACGAAUGCGCGGCAAACAGGGCAAAUUGUUCGCCGAAAGAAGACUGCGUCAACACUGAGGGCGGGUACCGUUGUGUGUGCGGAAAGAGAUGUCGUGCGGAGACUGAAGAACCCACAUAUUUCCCAUCAGCGCGGGAGCCACCGGCGGUCCUCCCGGAUACGAAUGUGAUCACAGUGGGCGCUCAGUACGGGCAGCGAGGGACACGCGUGAUGCGGCCGACGUAUUCCAGAUCGCCAUUUUCCGCCGCAGUGAUAACUUCCUGCCCAUGGGGAUACAAGCUCACACCUGAAAAACGUUGUGUGGACAUCGACGAAUGCGCCCGUAACAUAUCGGAAUGCGGUCCCCUGCAGCGCUGUGAAAACUUCUUCGGGGGUUACUCAUGCCAGUGCCCGGCGGGACACCGGCUAGUCGCACAGCAACGCUGCGAGGACAUUGAUGAAUGCGCCUACGGAAAUCCGUGUUCAUACAACGCUCAAUGUAUCAACACAGUGGGAUCGUAUCGCUGCGACUGCGGGGAAGGCUUUCGUAACGCACCGUCCAACGACAAGGUGUGCGUGGACGUGGACGAGUGCGCAGAGACGCCUCACGUGUGCCAGCACGGCUGCGCCAACGCGUGGGGCGGCUACCGUUGCUACUGCGAGCGCGGCUACCGGCUGCACGCCGACAACAGGACCUGCGUGGAUGUGGACGAAUGCGCGGAGUGGGGUGCGGUGCGCGCACGCGGGCGUCUGUGCGGCGGGAGCUGCGUCAACGUGCCCGGCUCCUACCGCUGCGCCUGCCCGCCCGGCUACCGGCUCGCCGACGACGGGCGCGCCUGCACAGACAUUGACGAGUGUGAGACAGGCGAAGCGCAUUGCGCUGGAGCAUCGGACGCAGGGCUCGUUUGCCAGAAUACUCGAGGAGGCUACCAUUGUCACCGAAUUGACUGUCCUCCUGGUUACCGUCUAGAGUCCAAACACAAAUGCACGCGAAUUCAACGCUCAUGCCCAAUAUCGGACUGGAAUUGUAUCCAACAGCCGAGCGCCCUCAGCUACAACUUCAUCACCUUUGUUGCCAACAUCUACCUUCCUACUGGAAGUGUGGACCUGUUCACAAUGCACGGUCCGUCAUGGCGGGACUCCGUGGUGAACUUCGAGAUGCGAAUGGUCGACGUGAAAGCACCAAGCGGCGUUAAACCCGCCGAUCUUUCAUGCUUUGACAUGCGACCAAGCGCCAACGUUUGCGUGGUGUCCCUUCUCUGUUCACUGGAGGGACCUCAAGUCGCCGAGUUGGAGUUGACGAUGUCUCUGUAUCAACGCAGCCAGUUCGCCGGCAGUGCAGUCGCAAGGCUUGUUGUUAUAGUAUCCGAGUACGAGUUCUAGGAGUUAAGAAGUAGUAUAUGUCACAUUUUUGUGUGAAAUUUUAUUAAAGCUUUAUUUGAAUGUACCUAAACUUUAACUAUUCCUUAUUAUAUCCUUUUCUGACAUGAGGAUAUUUACAAAUUACUAUUUGCAUCGCGCUGUAAUCCGUAGCUCGCCUACUAGUAAGCUACUGUAGCUGGUUUUCACAAACGAUGCAGAAAAAACGAUGCGAAGCAGAGUUAAUACAUUGUCAAUUGAUUUAGUAAGAUUAAAAUAUCCUUUAUUAUUUAAUUCUCAUUACAAGGUGAAACCAAAUUUAUUUCUUAUUUCAAUCCAUGCCUUUUCUAUUAAGUCAUAUCCUGGAACAGUGAGACAAUUAUAGUUGUCGCGUAAAGUGAAUAAUUUCGGUUUUUCAAAUGGUAGGUUACAAAACCUGUGAGUUCUAUCUUGCCCCCUAUUAAUCUAAGUUUCCUUCCUCCUCAUGUGUCAUGUAAUUUAUGUAUGGUGUCAUGUUCUAGUAUUGGGGUUGUAUAAAAAUUUUAGAAAUCUGGUCUAAGCAAUCGUCGGCAACCGCUCAUUUUUAAUGAAUUAUUAUGACUUCUUUUUUACAUAUCUUCAAUCUCAUCAUCAAAACUCAACUAUGACUAUAGCAACGUACGACAAAUUUUUCUUACAAUCAAACAAAUAAUAAAUGAUUAGAAUAUUUUAAAAAGUAAGGUUUUGUAAAAUAAAACUUCGUUAUAGUAAAAAAAAAAACGCAUUUUAAAGUGCUACUUAUUUAUUGUAAUGUUGGAAUAAAUUUAUAU